AUGUUUGUUUUAAAAAAACUUAUUUUGACCCAGCUUUGCAGCUUGCCACCACCACGCAUCCUUGAAGGGCCGUUGGCGCCUAAUACAAUUUUGUCCAAAGCUAAAGUGCUAUUACACGAGAAUGUUUUGGGCCCUGAAUCAUUUGCAGUUCACAGUUCAUUCAAGACAAUUUACACUGGUUUGAAAAGUGGUCAUAUCGUUGAGCUCAGAGCAAAAGGACCAGAUUCGAUUACUGCAGUCUAUUUAUUUAAGCUUAUAUCGAAUAACUGCAGUGGUUCAUACUCAGAUGCUCUACAAUGUGGCCGGCCACUUGGACUUCGUUUCAGGAAGAAUAAAGCUGAUUACUUGCUUAUAGCUGAUGCGUAUCAUGGCUUAUAUGAAUUCAAUGUAGUUACAGGUUACGACCCUAAUGCAACACCAAUAAAAUAUUUAAAUGAUGUUGAUGAGUUGGACGAUGGUAUAACUUUAAUUUUGUCAGAACCCUCGAAAAAGUUUUCUGACCGAGACUGUUUGUAUUCUUUGGUGGAACAUGGUGGUGAUGGACGAUUGUUAUCAUACAACAUUAAAACUGGAGAAGUGAAGGUUUUAUUAGAUGGCUUGCAGUACCCAAAUGGUAUUCAAGUUGAGCGUAGUGGAAAAUGCGUUUUAUUUGCGGAAAUGGGGAACAUUAGGAUACUAAGGUAUUUCUUAAAACCUUUAUCUGUCAUUUGUCAUUUGGUGAUUGAUAACUUACCUGGUUACCCAGAUAAUAUACGAUUUUCAAAAGAUGGGAACCUAUGGGUCCCUUUAGGAAGUCUAAGACUUCAGAGCGAUGAGUUCAUUACCAGAAACCAAAUGCUGCGAAACAGUCUCGCAAAGGUUUGCCUCCUUAACGGCUCUUUUUUUUUCAUAGUUUAUAAUAACUGCACGCAUCUUUCGUCGAUCUCUCAGGUAUCGGAAGUUCAUUGCAAGUUUUUAAAAGUACUGGCAUAUGUAGAAAGUAUCUCUCCUCAAGUUUUGCGAGCGACAGGUGGUUGA